AUGAAGCCAAAGCAAACAACAGUUCUUCGUCAACAGUCACUGCCAUUUUCCUUUUUUGCGUUCUUUAUAGGUUCCCUAUUAAUGAAUACGGAUAAAAAAACGUAUGCUGUAAUUCGCGCUGUAUACAAUAAUCAUCAUGCACCCGAAGACUUUGAACGUGAACUGGAUUUCGUUCUCAGUCGUAAAGUCAGUUUAGUCAUCAUUGAACCGGAAUCUUUGGGAGAGGUCACUUGGCGAUGGAUCCGUACAGGGAACUGGCUGCACAAAACUGCCGUAAUUUGUGGUUUCUCUGCGUUGGCCACAGCAGGCUUCGCGGCUUUCUGGAAUUCGCAUCACUUUCACAUCCUUUCUUCGUCGUCCAGUCUUCAUUCCCAGUGGCUAAACGACACUCAUGCGGGAACUGCCCUCCUCAUUUUAACUCCGCGACUGCUACGAAUGAGCACAACUUUUUUCAGUGGCCUGAGUUCCGUGGCUGCCAGUUUUUACGCGCUUUUUUGGCAGUGGGAUCCAUGUUGCAAAUAUCAGGUGGCAUCCUCGCUGUCCUCGCUUCCCCGUGGUCUCAGGUCAAUCAUGAAUGGUAGUCACAAAAACCCAUACCGCUCGUCCAACGGAUCACCGACAUGCCUUGGAAGCGUUGGAAACAGUCCUAACGGGUCUUCUGGUUUGAGUCAAAUGACGGGCAAUAACGGUCGAAUACGGCCCGUGAUCACUGAGAAUCCUAGUCAUCCUUACGGUCCUCCUCUCCGUCCUGUGGUUCUCAUUCACCGUGAUGACGGUAGACGGAAGCUGCUUCACAACACUCUGGCUGUAUCUUCAACUGUUGUGGCAGUUUAUGUGCUCUAUCAGUGGUCCCAACCGAGUGCAACUUGAAAUGACUGUCUGCUAACACUAGCCAAGAAACCGUGCACUAGAUCUCUAGUUAUUGUUUCACCACCUUUCGGAUGUUGAUCAUCUACCCACAACAGAGCGACUUACAGGAAGACACAACACAGAAGUGCGAAGCUAUUUGAAUCCACCUAGUCUGGUUCCCCUUCUAGAUUUCCUGCCAGUCCUAUUUUAUACCCGGCUCCCACAUGUAGGCAGACAACCGCAUGAGGCUCAUCGUACUAGCCGUCAUUUGCUUCAUCCCUGCCCGUUGUCGUUUAUGUUCGAUUUUCCAUGACGCAAUUUCUAUUUCGUUUACUGUGCAUGUGUCAAGCACGAAUAUUCACUCAAGGUCGU